UGAUAAAUAACUAAAUCAAGCAUAAAAGAAAACAAAUCUUGAAGGUCCGUCUAACUUCCGAAGUGAUAUAUUACAACAACAGACGAGCUUUGAUUAAAGUGCACCCUCAUUGGCUGAAGAGGUUGUUAUGAAUUUAUCCCACCGCUAGAGGUCAACAAAACAAAAAUAUUCUGGACACUACACUGGAGGAGAAAUGAAACUUCCUCAAGUCUCAUUGAGAAUAAAGAUGAAGGGAAGUUAUUAGUUAUUUUUCAACACAGUAUAUGUGCAUGGGUUUGACUCCAGAUUAAGAAGCUGCAGCCAAUCACAUGAAUGAACCAGGUAUGUGUUUAUUUAGGUGGGAGGGAGGAUGGAAUGGAUUAUUAUGUAUAAUGCAAAACAAUGCUGAUGAGAGUGAAAUGUCCAGAGAUCACACUCGCGUGUUCUUGACGUUGGGUGUUAUGCAAUGCUUGAAGAGGAGUGGGAAGAUGGUGAGCAUCAUAGCACAUUUCACAUAUCCAUAAGUAAUAAUAACUGGUCUUUACAGGGCACACUUCUGGUAGGCUGUGGAAAUAUUCAAAUUAUUUCCAUUGUUCCUGAUACGACUUGCAUGUGUCUUUGCUGUUAAGUGUCUCUCUUGGGCAGAAAAUGUAUCCUUAAAUGCCCCCUCCCCCAUGUUCUGUACCCAUAUGGAAUACAAAUGACGUGUGUACAGUUUAUUGGCUUGUCGCAUGUUAAUCUCAUCAAAAUCUUAAUAAAAGGACAGAGUGAUGCGCGAGAGUUAUUUGACAUAAAGAGAGAUCUCUCGGAUUACCAGGGAAGAUACACAAGAAGUGUUGUCACUAAACAGAGGCAUGAAUAUGGACAUAGCCAAACCUGAAGCAAAGACUGGUGGCAAAGCCCCUCUGAGAGCAACGGCUCCUGGUUCGCCACGAAAGGGCCCACCCAAGUUCAAGCAGAGAAACACUCGUCAAUUCAAGAGCAAGCCCCCAAAGAGGGGAGUGAUUGGCUUUGGAGAGGAGAUUCCAGGAAUGGAGGGACUUGGCACUGAUAUCACAGUGAUCUGCCCCUGGGAAGCGUACAGCCAUUUAGAGCUACAUGAACUCGCUCAGUAUGGCAUCAUUUGAGUCUCUUCACUGUUAAGCAGCUUUUUUUUUUUUAAAAAAAGAGGAUUUAAUUCAAAAUGAUAUCCAGAGAUUAUUUUAAGCAUUCAUGAAUAUGGAUCACUUCUGUAUGGCAAACAUAAAGCUAGAAAUAUGUUAGCAUUUUAUGUAAUACCCGCCUGCAUAUUGUGUAUGCUGUUUUUUGUAUGAUAAAUGUGUUUCCUGAGACUCUCAAGCUGCCAUUUUCCCGCUCUAAAACACCGUUGCUGUUCUUGUGUCAUUGCCUGUGGCUGCAGAUGGAGAUGCAGCUGAUAGUUUAGUUACUGGCCAGCAGGAGAUUCUGUCAGCACUGUGUUUUUAUACUCAAAAUAAAGCUUUGACUUU